AUGCGUAUCGACCCGCCCGUCUACUACAGCGGCUGUGUGAGCUCUGAGGCUCGGUGCGCCCUCAGCGGAGACACAGCGGAUCUGAGCUGGAACGUGUGGGCGUGCACUGGAUGUGGUCGCCAUGGUUACGUCUGUCACCUCGCAUGCGUGGGCUGCUCGGGACGCAUUCACACUGAGGACUUCUCCAGGAUGAAGAUGAGAGGAGGGCCCACUUAUGAGAGGAGAGGAGUGAAGACGGAGCCGAAAUACGGGAAAGCAACAGUGUACAUGUGUGGCAGGACCUGUAGGUUCGCCUCAGUGAUGAGGGAUGAUGAGGAGUGGGUUGUGGGAGUGGGUUCCUGUGAAUAG